UCUGCCGCGGCCGCUCGGGCUAGAGCGGGGCCUCCCGCCAGGGCCCGCUGUCGCCGUAAUCGCGACUGUGGGCCGGCUCCGGGAACAUGCCCCUGGCCGCCUACUGCUACCUGCGUGUCGUGGGCAAGGGCAGCUACGGGGAGGUGACGCUCGUGAAGCACCGGCGGGACGGCAGGCAGUAUGUCAUCAAAAAACUGAACCUCCGAAAUGCCUCCAACCGAGAGCGACGAGCUGCUGAACAGGAAGCUCAGCUCUUGUCUCAGCUGAAGCACCCCAACAUUGUCACCUACAAGGAGUCAUGGGAGGGAGGAGAUGGCCUACUCUACAUCGUCAUGGGCUUCUGUGAAGGAGGUGACCUGUACCGAAAGCUCAAGGAACGGAAAGGGCAGCUUCUGCCUGAGAGUCAGGUGGUAGAGUGGUUUGUACAGAUCGCCAUGGCGUUGCAGUAUUUACAUGAGAAACACAUCCUUCAUCGAGAUCUGAAAACUCAGAAUGUCUUCCUAACAAGAACAAACAUCAUCAAAGUGGGUGACCUGGGCAUUGCCCGAGUGUUAGAAAACCACUGUGACAUGGCCAGCACCCUCAUUGGCACACCCUACUACAUGAGCCCUGAGUUGUUCUCAAAUAAGCCCUACAACUAUAAGUCUGAUGUUUGGGCUCUGGGAUGCUGCGUCUAUGAAAUGGCCACUCUAAAGCAUGCCUUCAAUGCAAAAGACAUGAACUCUUUAGUUUACCGGAUUAUUGAAGGAAAGCUGCCACCAAUGCCGAGAGAUUACAGCCCAGAACUGGCAGACCUGAUAAGAACAAUGCUGAACAAAAGGCCUGAGGAAAGACCCUCUGUGAGGAGUAUCCUGAGGCAGCCUUAUAUAAAGCGCCAAAUCUCCUUGUUUUUGGAAGCCACAAAGGCAAAAACCUCCAAAAACAAUAUUAAAAAUGGUGACUCCAAGUCCAGGCCUGUUGCUACAGUGGUUUCUGCAAAAUCAGAAUCAAAUCAUGAAGUAACCCACCUCCAACCACAUCCUUCUGAGGACUCCAAGGUGUGCAUAAUGGGUGAAGACAAGUGUUUGCCCCAGGGAAAACCCAUGGUCAUUAGUUCCUUGAAGUCACCCGCCAAUCUGAAAGACCAAACCUACAAAUCAGGCAUGAGCAAUACUGCGGAAUCACUGGCCACGAUCAGUAGGGUAAAUAUUGACAUUUUACCUGCAGAAAAGAAGGACUCAAAGAGCGACUGCUCAGUUCAGGAGAGUCAACCAAGACACUUAAAUGCCUCAAAUGAGAUAGAAGGUAAAUGCAAUAUUUUUCAAGUGAAGGAGGAGAGGUUGCAGGAAAAUACUAAGUCUAGUCCUCCUCCUGAACACCUGAUUCUCACAUGGUCUUCUGAUGCUGGGGAAACGAAGGAACCAGUGAAGGCUCCACGGCUACUAAACAAAGACGAAAAGCCAAAGGACCAAGAUCGAGUUGCUGACGAAUGUGUUACAGAAAAACAGGGCAGAAUUCACUCAGAUUUACAGCCACACAGCUCUGGACCUGAACCUUCCCUGUCUCGACAGCGACGGCAGAAGAAAAGAGACCAGACUGAGCACAGUGUGGAAAAGAAACAGGUCCAAGAGGCGCCUCCUCAACUUUUGCCUCCUCAUCUCACUGCUGGAAAAGCGGACAUCACAGCCACACAAAGAGGUGCUGACAGCCAAAGCAGGGUGGUCACUGGGUGUGCGAGCAGUGAGGUGUCAUCACCAGAGGAUCGACCAUUAUCAGCCAGAGAGAGGAGACGACUGAAGCAGUCGCAGGAAGAGAUAUUCCCCUCAGGCCCUUCAGUGAGGAGGUCUCUGAGUGCAGUGGGAUCAGGGAGACCAAAGGAAGACGACCAGCUCAUCCCUUCCCGACGGUUAUCUUCUGACUGCAGCGUUGCUCAGGUAAAGAAACUGAUUCAUUGUUUUUCGGAGGAUGAAUUAAGUUCUUCUACAAGUUCGACUGAUAAGUCCGAUGGAGAUUCCAGGGAAGGAAAAGGUCAUACAAAUGAAAUGAAUGACUUGGUACAAAUGAUGACUCAGACCCUGAAACUGGAUUCUAAAGAGAGCUGUGAAGAUCUCCCAGUACCAAAUCCAGUAUCAGAAUUCAAACUUCAUCGGAAGUAUCGGGAUACGUUGAUACUUCAUGGGAAGGUAGCAGAAGAGGUAGAGGAACUCCAUUUCAAAGAGCUAUCUUCAGCUAUUGUGCCAGGUUCUGAAAAGAUCAGGAGACUAGUCGAGGUCUUGCGAGCUGAUGUAAUCCAGGGCCUGGGGGUUCAGCUUUUAGAGCAAGUAUACAAUCUAUUGGAAGAGGAGGAUGAACUGGAGCGGGAGGAACAUUUGCGGGAGCACAUGGGUGAGAAGUAUGCAACUUACAGUGUGAAAGCUCGUCAGUUGAAAUUUUUUGAAGAACAUGUGAAUUUUUGAGAAUUUGUUCUAAUCUGCAAGAACUAAAGAUUUAUUUUCAAACGUUUUUGACUUAAAAAACAAAAACGUAACAUCUGGAGGCCAUUUACCAUCCUUUCUUAUCUCUUUGGAGUUUUCUUACUGGAGAAACGUUGGACAGAAAGAAGCAAGCUUACACAACUCUGACUUGCAUAUUGUCUUCACGAGGAAAAACCUGAUGUUUGGUUACCGUUUACUGAGCCUUAAACCAUCAACUUUCUAUCUAGAGCUUUAUUUUUUAAGGUACUAAUAUUAGCUUAAAUUAAAAUCAGGGUCAUAAAAUAAUGGUUUUGGCGUUUUAUACUGUACUGUGAAAACAGUAGGAGAAACAAAUGACAUAGAUAUGUCCAGUGAUAAUAUCUCUACUGUUAAUAGCCUUCCGGAGUAGUU